AUGGACGAGACUAUCCAGGAAAAGGUCGCCGAGCCCACCGUGGCCGCAAAGGCUACCGGCGCCGACAUUGGCGACGCUGAAGAGGCCAUCAAGCAUGUCAAGAACCUCAAGGCCCAGCACCAAUGGGACCCUAACCUGUCUGACGACAUUUACGACGAGAUCGACGAAGCUCUGCAGACCAACGAUGGCACCGCCCAGGUUGGCAUUGCCGCUGAGCUGCUCGAGAACUCGCCCUACCCCGAGGUCCGCGCUGCCGUGCCCAAUGUCGACGAAGGUGGCCACAGCAACACCAUCCGUGCCUGGGUCAUUGGCAUGGUCCUGGCCACCAUCGGUUCCGGCCUGAACACCCUCUUCUCCAUGCGCAGCCCUUACAUCAUCAUUCCCAGUUACGUCGCCCAGGUCGUCGGUUUCCCCAUCGGCAAGGCUUGGGAGUACUGGGUGCCCGCUUGGCAAUUCACCUUCUUCGGUAUCAAGUGCAACCUUAACCCCGGUCCAUUCAGCAAGAAAGAGCACGCCAUCACUGUCAUCAUGGCCAAUGCCACCUUCAACGGUGGUGCUGCCUAUGCUACUGACGUCUUGUUGGCCCAGCGCGCCUUUUACAAGGAGCGCUACGACUGGGGGUUUGAGAUUCUUUUGGGUAUCACAACCCAGAUGCUGGGGUUCGGUAUUGCUGGCUUCUUCACCCGCUUCCUCGUCCAGCCCUCCGCCAUGAUCUGGCCCCAGACCCUGAUCAACUCCAGUUUGUUCAAUGCUCUGCACGACCACCGCAGUCCCGACCCUGCCAAGACUAGCGGCUGGAAGAUUGGCAAGUACCGUCUGUUCUUGUACACCAUGAUUGCCUCCUUUGUCUGGUACUGGUUCCCCGGCUUCAUCGCUCCUUUCCUGAGUGUGUUUGCCUGGGUUACUUGGAUCAAACCCGACAACGUUGUCAUCAACCAGCUCUUUGGCGGCUGGAGCGGUCUUUCUCUCAUCCCCAUGACCUUUGACUGGACCCAAAUCUCUGGUUUCAACUUUUCGCCGCUCAUUUCUCCCUGGUUCGGUAUUGCCAACACCCUCAUCGGUAUGGUCUCCUGGUACUGGAUCGUCGUUCUCGCCGUUCACUUCAAGGGCUUGUUCUAUGCCAAGCACUUGCCCAUCAGUGACUCGAACAGUUACGAUAACACUGGUGCCGCGUACAACGUCAGCCGUAUCCUCGACGCCGACGGCACCUUCAACCUCCAGAAAUACAAGGACUACUCUCCUCUUUUCUUGUCCACCACUUUUGCCAUCUGCUAUGGUCUGUCUUUCGCCACCAUUGUUGCUGUCGUUGUCCACACCACUCUCUUCCACGGAAAGGAGCUCUGGAUCCGACUCAAAAACUUUGGCAAGGAAGAAGAGGACGUCCACGCCCGCCUGAUGGGCCGUUUCAAGCCUGUUCCCCUGUGGUGGUAUGGUGCCAUCCUGCUGAUCAUGAUCGGUGUUUCUCUGGGUGUUGUCCUCGGAUACCCCACUCACCUGUCUUGGUGGGCGUUUUUCAUCUCCAUCAUCGUCGCUGCUGUCUGGUUCAUCCCCAUCGGUAUUGUGCAGGCCACCACCAACAUUCAGAUUGGUCUCAACGUCUUCACCGAGUUCAUGGUUGGUUACAUGCAGCCUGGCCGCCCCAUGGCCAUGAUGCUGUUCAAGACCUACGGCUACAUUGGUAUGUUGCAGGGUCUUUUCUUCUGUCAGGAUAUGAAGCUUGGUCACUACAUGAAGGUCCCCCCUCGUGUAACCUUUGCUGCCCAGAUGAUUGCCACUUUGUGGACUUCGAUCGUCCAGAUCGCCGUCAUGAAUUGGGCUUUGGGUGCCAUCACCGAUGUGUGCAGUCAAGACCAGAUCAACCACUUCAGUUGUCCCAACGGCCGUGUCUUCUUCAACGCCUCAGUUAUCUGGGGUGCCAUUGGACCUAAGAGAAUUUUCUCACCGGGUGCCAUCUACUCGCCCAUGCUCUGGUUCUUCCUUGCCGGCUUCAUCCUCCCCGUGCUCAUCUACCUUGGCGCUCGCGCCUUCCCCAAAUCUCCCAUUCGCUUCAUGAACGCCCCAAUCAUCUUUGGUGGUGCUGGUCUUAUUCCUCCGGCUACCCCGCUCAACUACUUGGCCUGGGGAAUUGUCGGCUACAUCUUUAACAAAUUUAUCAAGAACCGCUGGCGCGGUUGGUGGAUGUACUACAACUACGUUUUCAGUGCUGGACUUGACGUCGGCCUGGCCUUGUGUACCAUUCUCAUCUUCGUCGCUCUUCAGCUCUGGAACCACGAGAUGACCAGUUGGUGGGGAACCGAUAUCGCGGCCAACACACUGGAUGCCUCGUACAGCGCCAUUCAGGUUACUGGCGAGAAAUUCGGCCCGGCGACUUGGUAG